UGACGUACCCGGAGCGACCGAUUCUGAGUUGACUGGAGGGAGCAUGUGGGUCUGCAGCGCGCUCUCUGGGGCGCCAACCCCGGCCCAGUUGAGGCGGGUGCUGCUUCUAGCUUCCCGGCACUGCGGGCCUGCCGCCGCAUUCUUCUCCGCAUCUGCCGAGCCCUCCCGGGUCCGGGCGCUGGUCUAUGGGCAUCACGGGGACCCAGCCAAGGUCGUCGAACUGAAGAACCUGGAGCUGGCUGCUGUGGGCGGAUCAGACGUCCAUGUGAAGAUGCUGGCGGCCCCUAUCAAUCCAUCUGACAUCAAUAUGAUCCAAGGAAAUUACGGCCUCCUUCCCAAGCUGCCUGCUGUUGGAGGGAACGAAGGCGUUGGACAGGUGGUAGCAGUGGGCAGCAGUGUGACAGGGGUGAAGCCAGGAGACUGGGUGAUCCCAGCGAAUGCUGGUUUGGGAACCUGGCGGACCGAGGCUGUGUUCAGCGAGGAAGUGCUCGUCGGGGUUCCGAAGGACAUCCCUCUUCCAAGUGCCGCCACCCUGAGCGUCAAUCCCUGCACGGCCUACAGGAUGCUAGUGGACUUUGAGCAGCUGCAGCCAGGGGACUGUGUCAUCCAGAAUGCGUCCAACAGUGGAGUGGGGCAAGCAGUCAUCCAGAUCGCCGCAGCCCUGGGUCUGAGGACUAUCAACGUGGUCCGAGACAGACCUGACAUCCAGAAGCUGACUGAGAGGCUGAAGAACCUGGGGGCUGAUCAUGUUAUCACAGAAGAGGAAAUAAGAAAGCAUGAGAUGAAAAAUUUCCUUAAGGACAUGCCCCAGCCACGGCUUGCUCUCAACUGCGUCGGCGGGAAAAGCUCCACAGAGCUGCUGCGACACUUGGCGCCUGGAGGAACCAUGGUGACCUACGGGGGCAUGGCCAAGCAGCCCGUCAUCGCCUCUGUGGGCCUGCUCAUUUUUAAGGACCUCAAACUCCGGGGCUUUUGGUUAUCCCAGUGGAAGAAGGACCACAGUCCAGACCAGUUCAAGGAGCUGAUCCUCACGCUGUGCAACCUCAUCCGCCGAGGCCAGCUCACGGCCCCCGCCUGCUCCCAGGUCCCACUGCAGGACUACCAGCGUGCCUUGGAGGCCUCCACGCAGCCCUUCGUGUCCUCAAAGCAGAUUCUCACCAUGUGAUAAGCCCAGAGGAGCCGAAGCGAAGUGGGAGGGGAGAUGGAUCAGCAGGACUGAUUCUGGGCCUCCCAGAUGGGGCCCUCAGUCUUCCUAGGCGGCCUCUCUCCUCACUGUCACUUCUGAGAACUGGGAGAACUCUCCCCACUCCAGCCUCUGGGCACCUAAUAAAGUCUGAACUUCCUAAGAACAAACAAACAAACAAACCCCAAUAGAAGUCAUCCCUGUCAAGAAGGACCCUCACACUGCACCUGCACCUGCCACCCCCAGCACUAGGGAGCCCCCGUGCCCGCCCUUUGCCUAGCCUGAAAGCAAAGCCUGGCUGGGGCUGGCAGGUACAGAGGGCGGUAAGACACAAUCUCUGCCUUCCAGCCCUCCAAGCCCACCUCGGAGACUCUUCUAAAAAGGAAGGUUGGACUCAUUCUCAGGUGGUCUGCAGCUCAGUCUGGGGCAGUGGGAGGAUCAGCUCCACAGAGGAGUGAGUGUCAGGCUGAGAAACCAACGAAAUGGGGUCUCAGGUGGCUGGACCGUCCUCACGGAACGUCCGUUCUAACGGGGGAGCUGGAUGUUCACCAGUGGUUCUCAGCCUGAGGCCACUUCACCCCCAGGGGACAUCGUGGCUGCCGCGACGGAGGGCGCGCUGCUCGUGUCAGGUGAGCAGAGGUCAGCGAUGUUGCCGUGGUGUCCCGCAGCGCACAGGACAGCCUCCCUCCACAGAGAAUUAUCCACCCAGUGUCCGCGGUGCCGCUGUCCAGAAGCCCCGCCUUAAACCACUGGCCCCACGAUACUUAUCACAGUGACUAGUGCGCUAAAGAAGAUAUGUGUGAGGCCCUGUCCUAGGCCUGGGCUCAGUGGGCUGUUUCUGAGGUCAAGCUUGAAAAAUGAGUAGCUUUAUUCACACAAA